AUGGCGCCCGUCGGCCCGCGGCGAAUCGCUGGGCUGGAGGCGAAGACUGGGCGCAGGGCGGGCGGUGACAGCCCGGAACCUUGCGGCCGACCCCCGCCCAGGGCGAGGGGACUAGAUCCGGCGCGGUGCCGAGCAGAAGCGAAAGGCAGGCACUCGGGUCUCUACACCGCAAGGGUCCAGCGGUGGCCGCGGAGUCUCCUGGGACGCGCACAUCCGGGUCCUGGCGCGCGCACGCGCAUUUGUACCGAACAUGGCCGCGGCAGCUCCCGCCGCUGCCGCAGGUGCCGCCGGCCAGUCUCCGCCUGGGACAGAAGAUUGAAAAUGACAGCUGAGAACAUUCCUGAGGAAGAACUGUCCUGUGACAUGGAGGUGGAAGGAUUUACACGAGAGGGUCCUCAUUUCUCCAUUCUAGGUAACAGUUGGGACUGUGAGAACCAGGAGGGACAUUUGAGGCAAUCAGCCUUAACUCAGGAGGAACCAGGAGCUCAGGAAGCAAUUCGUGAAUAUCCCGGAUUUGGGGAGCAUUUGAGCGUGAGCCCAGACCUUCCACGACGUCAGAGAGUUUCCACAAGAAACGGUUUCCACGUACGUGGCUCAGGUGUUAAAAGCCUGGAUUGUGACCCAGCUUUACACAAUUGUCAGAAAAGUUUUGUAGCUAAGAGAAUGGGUGACAGUGACACCUGUGGGAAAGCCUUCAACCAUUCCAUAGAAGUUAUUCAAUUUGGAAGAACUCAAACUAGAGAGAAACCCUAUAAAUACCCUGAAAGUGUUAAGUCUUUCAACCAUUUUACCCCUCUUGGUGAACAAAAAAUAAUGAAAAGAGGGAAGAAACUGUAUGAAGGUAAGGACUUCGGGGACAUCUUUACCCUGAGUUCGUCUCUUAAUGAAAACAGGAGGAACAGCCCUGGAGAAAAACUGUACACAUGUACUGAAUGUGGCAAGUGCUUCAAACGGAACUCUUCUCUUGUUUUGCAUCACCGAACUCACACUGGAGAGAAACCUUAUACCUGUAAUGAGUGUGGAAAAUCCUUCUCCAAGAACUAUAACCUAAUUGUGCAUCAAAGAAUCCAUACAGGAGAGAAGCCCUAUAAAUGCAGUAAAUGCGGGAAAGCCUUCAGUGAUGGGUCAGCUCUGACGCAACACCAGAGAAUUCACACUGGGGAGAAACCUUAUGAAUGUCUAGAAUGUGGGAAAACCUUCAACCGAAAUUCGUCCCUCAUUCUGCAUCAAAGAACUCAUACAGGGGAAAAACCAUAUAGAUGUAAUGAGUGUGGGAAGCCUUUCACCGACAUCUCCCACCUCACUGUGCAUCUCAGAAUCCACACUGGGGAGAAGCCUUAUGAAUGUAGCAAAUGUGGAAAGGCCUUCCGAGAUGGCUCAUACCUCACCCAGCACGAGAGGACUCACACUGGAGAGAAGCCCUUUGAAUGUGUGGAAUGCGGGAAAUCCUUCAACCGUAACUCUCACCUCAUUGUGCAUCAGAAAAUCCAUUCUGGGGAGAAACCCUAUGAGUGUAAAGAAUGUGGGAAAACUUUCAUUGAGAGUGCUUACCUCAUCAGGCACCAGAGGAUUCAUACUGGUGAGAAGCCCUAUGGCUGUGAUCAGUGUCAGAAACUUUUCAGGAACAUCGCCGGCCUCAUACGUCACCAGAGGACUCAUACUGGCGAGAAGCCCUAUGAGUGUAAUCAGUGUGGUAAAGCUUUCAGGGACAGCUCCUGUCUGACCAAACACCAGAGAAUUCACACUAAGGAGACCCCGUACCAGUGUCCAGAUUGUGGAAAGUCCUUCAAGCAGAACUCUCACCUGGCAGUACAUCAGAGGCUCCACAGCAGGGAGGGUCCCAGUCAUUGUCCUCAGUGUGGGAAAACAUUCAGAAGGAGCUCUUCCCUCAUCCGACACCAAAGAUCACACCCUGGAGAACAACCCAUGGAUAUUUAAUGAACGUGGGCCACACUCAUCUUCCAACUGGCUCUCAAAAACCUAUGUGAGAGAGAAGUGUCUUCAGGGGUGGCUCCUCCCUGUCAGUGGAAAAGACUGCUCUGAGCUGUCCAGUGGACCGGUGGAUGUGAGACAUUCCUCAGCCAUCCUGUUAAGUCUAUACAUUAGGGAACUCUUGCAGAGGAUACAGGAUGGUAGUAAAUGUGGCAAAGGCUUCAGGGAUGAUUCAGCCUGUACCAAACAUGAUAGUGCAUACACUGGAAUAAAACCUGAGAAAGUCAGGUAGAUACUUCCCUGGAGAACUCACCUACCCGUACAUCCGAGUCCUUAAACUGGAAAAAGCCUGUGUAAUCGGGAAGAGGAAUCCUUUAAGAGGGAGUGUCUGCCUUACUGUUCGUAAGCAAACUCUUACUGGAAUCCAGCGAGGGAAGCUGUCGGCAGGAGCCCUUGCUUUCUUAGCUGUGUCAGCAAAGGCAUGCUGGUGAGAAACCCCACACAGUGCUCCAACUCACAGCAACCACAGAAUUACAGCGGAUUGACAUUUGAAUGUAUUUCCGCGUUACAUUCCUGCCAGGUGCUGAGGACUCGUUUCAGCAGGGGCACCUGGGUGAGGAAGUCGCUUGUGAAUGAACAGUGAUGUUAUUCCUCUUAAUAUGGAGACCAAAGCAGGUUCUCCUAAGAAGGAAAGGGCUGCUGCUGAGAAAUAUGAUGCGUUGCUCUAGUUGUUGAGACAAACAGAGAAACACUGAGUUGUUAUGUUUACAUUGUCACCCCUCAUUGUUCAUUUGGGACACUUGUGAUUUGUUCCAUGCAACCAUGCCAAACCAUGAUGAUAAAGGUUUUGUUGCCAUAUUGAAAACGCUUAUAAUAUGGCUGGCAACCAAAAGCAUAAAAUAGAAAAUUUGCCAUGUAAAGUGUGCACACAUACGGAUGUAGGUUGGGAGUUGAUCAUAGAGAAAUAAACAUGGGGUCUCCUAAGUGACUGUUACUUGUGUAUGAUUUUUCCUCUAUCACAAAUCAUACAUUGUUAUAAUCAUUUGAUGAGGAAUAAAAAGGUGGAGAUAAAAAGAGGUGAGUUUGGGUUUUCUUUGGACCUUUUUAAAACCAGAAGUGGCUAAGUCAGGGUCGCAGGGCAGUUGUAAGCAUGGAUGGGGGCAUCUCGGCAGAAACUUCUCUGAAUCAGCAUCCCACAGCUCAGGGCCUAAGGAUAACUUCUUUCUUUGGGACUUGGAUAAUGAGAGGGUGUUAUUGUGAAGAAGAGGGUGGGUCUCUGGGAAUGGGGAGUAGGAGGCUACAGAGAGGUCUGGGAGGACCUGGGAGCAUCCCUCCUGAGGCCCUGCAGUGCUGGCUGGCUGAGAGCUGCUCACACUGGUUGGCAUAGCCUCGGAGCCCCGGGGUGGCUCCCCUUAGAAGUUUGACUUGUUCCUAUGGAGGCAGAGUCAGAGGGAAGGUCACUGAGCUAAUUAAGGCUAUGAGAUAAUAAA